AGAUUUAUGACAAGUCUUUGUGGAGAAUUUUUUAUGGAAUAUAGGAAAGGGAUCUAUUUGACAUUUUAUCCUCAGAUAUAUUGGCAGUUUUCAAACUAUCCAAAGCAAAUUGGCAGUUGCUUUUUCACUUUGUAUACUACAAGCUCCCAAGCAACUCAUAUUUGCAAACACAGCUAUGGAUACACUGUUUGCUUUACAGUGGUUACUUGGGAAUCUACGUCUCUGUUUUUUGUUAUUUUCCCCUCCCCUCCAUUUCUUAAUCAUAUAUAACUAGUAAUAUUAAUGGUUAUAGGUUGAUUUACAAGUUCCUAAGUCUGUAACUGAUGGUUUGUAGCCUCUAGUUUGAAGCAAGAGAAGAAUGAGUAGUCAGGAACUGGUCACUUUGAACGUGGGAGGGAAGAUAUUCACAACAAGGUUUUCUACCAUAAAGCAGUUUCCUGCCUCUCGGUUGACACGAAUGUUAGAUGGCAGAGACCAAGAAUUCAAGAUGGUUGGUGGCCAAAUUUUUGUGGACAGAGAUGGUGUUUUGUUUAGUUUCAUCUUAGAUUUUUUGAGAACUCACCAGCUUUUAUUACCCACUGACUUUUCAGACUAUCUUAGGCUUCAGCGAGAGGCUCUUUUCUAUGAACUUGAUCCUCUGGUUGAUCUCUUAAAUCAAGAACACCUGCUACAGCCGAGACCUGCUCUUGUGGAAGUGCAUUUCCUAAGCCGGAACACUCAAGCUUUUUUCAGGGUGUUUGGCUCUUGCAGCAAAACAAUUGAGAUGCUAACUGGGAGGAUUACAGUGUUUAUAGAGCAACAUUCAGCACCGACCUGGAGUAGUAACUCUUUCCCUCAUCAGGUGAACUUACUUCCACUGCCUCCACAAAGACCUUCUUACCAUGACCUGGUUUUCCAGUGUGGCUCUGACAGCACUACUGAUAACCAAACUGGAGUCAGGUAUGUUUCUAUAAAACCUGAUAACCGAAAAUUGGCCAACGGAACUAAUGUCCUCGGCUUACUGAUUGACACUUUGUUAAUGGAAGGCUUUCAUCUGGUCAGCACUAGAACAGUAUCUGAAGACAAAACUGAAUGCUAUAGCUUUGAAAGGAUAAAAAGGCCUGAAGCUCUCUCCAUGAACAAAACACUGAAACCAGAGACUACCAUCACGCCAGAGCAAUCUCAGAAAAAGAAAUGAGGUUCUCUGUUCUCUUUUCGAGAGGGAGUUCUCUUUUAGAAAGGGAAAUUGCCAUUUUCUUGUUUGGAAAUUCCAUAUUUAGGGCAUAUAUGUUAGUCAAAUAAGUACUCAGCCUAACUUUUUGGCUUUGUCUCCUAAGAUACCAUCUCUGGGCAACCACACAAUGCUUAAGCCACACUAAUUGCUUGCUGCUCUCUAAACAACACUGUACACUUGGUGCUUUGGCACAUGUUCCUUCUACAUUCAGUGCCUCUCUCCUUUUCUCUUUUUCAUGAACCUUACACAGCUUUCAAGAAUGGGCUUUGGAAUCAGACUGCUUGAUUUCUAAUCCCAACUCAGUCACUCACUAGCUAUAUGACUAGGGCAAGUCAUUUAACCUCUCUGUGCUUCAACUUCUUCAUCUGUCAAAUGGGGCUAAUAAAUAUAUCUCCCUUAUAGGAUAUGUGAGGAUUAAAGGAGAUAAUGUCAAGUACUCAAUACAUUGCCUGGCACAUGGAAGGCAUUCAGUAACUAUUAGUGAUGAUGAUGAUAUGGAGGAGGAGGAGAGGGAGGGAGGGGUUGGGAGGGGAAUGGGGAGGAGGAGGAGAUGGUGGUGGCCCACUUUCAAUUGCACUUCCUCUGUGAAGCCUUGUUUUCUUCCUUUCCCAGUCAUAUUAGUCAGACCUUUCCUCUGUAUAGACCUCUAUGCCUUCAUAAAAACAAAUUUUUCUCAUUUCAAUGUGAGCUUGACCCACUCAUCAGUUUGAACACUAGUAUGUGUAAAGCACUGGGCUAAACACUUGGUGAGAGGAAUAAUACCUUUGUUACUAAUUAGCAGCCACAUUUGAUGAAAAGCUUUUGAAUAACCUCUCCUAAUACUUGAAAUACACAUAUACUUUGACUUAGUGAUUUUUUUUUGUAGGAAUUCCUCUUAUAUUUGUGUCAUUUUAAACAUUAGGAUAAACAUCUAGAAGAGUAAUCAUUAAGUCAAAGAGCACCAAAUAUUUUGCACAUAGAAGGGUUAAAAACUAUUGAGUGGAAGCAGUUGAACAUUUUAAAAAGUACAAUUAAUUCAAAAACAUCUGUUAAACAUUUGUUGGACACUAUACUAAGUUUUCAGGAUUAAAAAAUGAAUAAGAUAAAAAUCUUUACUCUCAAGGAGCUCACAUUCAAGUGAGAAAGUACCUCAUCAUAAGAGCAAAAGAUUAGAAAUAAAGUUCAUCAAUAGGGAAUGGGUAAAUUAUGGUUCAUACAAUGAAAUACUAUGCAGUCCUUAAAAAGAAUGAGAAAGCAGUUUAUAAACUGAUAAGGAUUGUGAAUUAUUUAUAAGUGAAAAAAAGCAAGGUGUAGAACAAUGUAUAAAGUAGAAAAAAUAUAUUUCCACUUCAUAUAUAUAGUUUCCAUUUGUAGAAAAAAUAUACAUACUUAUUUUCUUACAUAUGCAUGGAAUUUUCAGCAAAGAUACACGUCACCUUUGGAGAGGGAACUGAGUGAAUGGGGUUUAGGUGUGGGAGAAGACUUACUUUUCACCAGAUCAUGUAGAAGUAUUAUCUAUUAAAAAAGACAAAAAAAAAAAAAAAAAGGGAAGCAGCAGCUAUACC